UUGCGCGCUCUUGCACGUGAUGUCCACUGCUCUUCCUGUGUAGGGUAUUAUUUUCUUUUUACAUUUUUAUUUAUUUAUUUAUUUAUUUUAUUUUUUUGCUCGCUUUUUGAUACAUUUUUGAGGGGUGAGGGGACUGGCGGAAUUUGAUGUGGAUACUGUUUGGGUUUGGUGCAUCGUUGAAGACCGUGUAAGGAGGAACAACAGGAGGGUGUUAUCAGAUGUUCCCGUGCUCAUGAAUGUUCCGCAAGACAGUCCACGACCUGCCAGCCUCUGAAGCGAUUUACUCAUAAACCAUUUUAAACUGUGUCAACGAUUUAAUAUUGAUAUUAAAUUGAUAUUAAUGAUAAUAAAUGAGACCAGGUGAAUGAGGGGAGCUUAGUCAUGGAGAGUCCACAUUUACCUGCUGAGAUAAUUUCUUAUAUAUUGAGUUUCCUUCAUGUAACGGAUCGAAAAGAGGCGUCACUGGUGUGUAAGAGUUGGUAUGAUGCAUGCCAGGACCACUGCUUUCAGAAAAAUGUCACUUUCAAGUUCCCCGUUUCCACAUCUUCACUGGACUUUAUCCGUGCACUUGCAAGGCGCCCUCGCUGUGGCCUAGUCAUCAGCCAUCUUGAUGGAUCCAGUCUGUCAAGACAAGUACUUAUGGAGGUGGGGCUUCACCUCGGCCCUCGCUUGGACAGUUUGGCUCUACCUGGCAGCAGCGUCACAGAGGCCUCACUGCUGGGCCUCCUGCCACAUCUGACCGGCCUUCGCAGGCUGGACCUCCAGGGGCUGGACAGCCUCUUUAUGUCUGGAGCUUUUUUGUCAAAAGAAGAGCACCCAAAACAGGUCCAGAAUGCUUUGAGGAAUCUGGAGGAACUGGACCUGUCUGAUCUGCGCUAUCUCUCAGACCUCUCUUUUAAUCGCCUGACGAGUUGCACGCCCAGGUUACGCAGUCUGUCCCUGGCCGGAUGUCACAUCUCUUUCGAGUUCGACCCAUACCGAGGUUGCCCGGUUGGGUUUGGCUCUUCCGCUCUAGUUUCCCUCCGUAACCUCCUGAGUCUCCUGCAGAAGCAGACCUCCACGCUCCGCAGCCUGGACCUGAGUCGCACCAGCAUCACUCCCGAGUCGCUCCGCUCCAUAGCUCAGCUGCCCAGCCUGCGUCUGGAGGAUCUGAGUCUACGCGGCUGUAAAGAGCUGACGGACUACUCCAUGGAAACCCUCUGCAAGCAGCAGAGCGGUCUGAGGACGCUGGACGUCCGAGCCUGUACGGAGUUAACCAGUAGGACGGUGCUGGCUGUGGCCACUGAGCUGAAGGAGCUGCGGUCGCUGUCCCUCUCGCAGGACUGGAAGAUCACGGAUAAAGGGCUGGCCGAGCUGAUGACGCUGCCGUGCUUGAGGAGUCUGGAUCUGUCUGAGUGUCUGCAUGUCAGUGGUGCAGACCUGGUGAAGGGACUGUCCUCUCCACAGACCAGGGCUCAGCUGGAGACCCUUAGCCUUAGAAACUGCACUUACAUAAGGGAUACAGAAAUGUUCUCCCUGACACAGCUGCUCGGCCGUAACCUGAGAGAGCUGGACCUCACUUCCUGUGUCUGCCUCACUGACCUGAGCGUCCGCGCCAUCACAACGUACCUCCCUGCGCUGGUGGUGCUGCGGCUCGGCUGGUGCAAAGAGAUCUCCGACUGGGGGCUGCUGGGAAUGGUGGAGCCCACCAAAGAUUGUGAACCAAGAGACAAAAAGGAGGAUAAUGGCCCAAGCUUUACUAGGACGUUUGGGAACAUGGGCUUCUUCCAGCCUCCCAGCCUGCCUUUCCAGGAGAAGCCACGUCUCGUGACCGAGGAGGACCUCGGGGCCUUUAGGGAGCAUCAAGAGGGAGUGUCUCUUUUGGCCCUCAGGGGUCUUCAGGAACUAGAUCUGUCAGCCUGCUUCAAGUUAACUGACACCAGUAUCACACAGGUACUCCGUUUCCCAGACCUACAGCGUCUCUCGCUUUCUAUGCUGCCCGAGAUCAGUGACGACAGCUUGGUGUCCGUAGCCUAUCACUGCCGCAGCCUCACCAGCUUGGCGCUCAGCCACUGUCCCCAGAUCAGUGACCAGGGCAUGGCGCGGGCCCUUCCGCUCCUCCACAGACUGCAGCAUCUGUUCAUGGCCUGCUGCGACGCGGUUACCAACGAAACUCUUUCUAUAAUCGCGCUCCACUGCGACAGACUCCGGACCCUCGAUGUGUCCAUGUGUAAGGAUAUCACAGUGCACCAGGUGGACCUCCUCCAGUCCCAGCUGCCCUUCCUCAAGAAAGUGCAGUGUCGCUUUGCCAACGGUGCAGACUUUACUAUGGUACUAUGAAGUGGCCGUCCACUUUUUCAGCAGCGUUGUUUCCGGAAGUAAUUUUUCUGUUUAUUGCUUACAAAGACAUUUUAAAGGAAGUAUUCGAAAGUGUUUGAAGCCAUGAACAAAAGCAUACAAAGUGUACAAGGACUUGGCUGAAGGAAAGAACUAGUAAACCAUGAAGAAUUGUUAAUGACAAUCUAAUUAGAAACGAUGGAGAAAUAUAGAUCUGCUUAUUUAAAGUUGUUGAUUAUAUCUAUAGAAACAAUACAUUUAAAGGUUAUAAUGGUUCCCUGCAGAGCUGUUUUGGUAUGAUUUGCUCACCGUGACUGUGAUUGGUGGAAUUUUCUGCAGAGCAUCAUGGGUAAUGUAGUUUUUCCACCACAAAUUCUGCCUUUUAGUAAUUAUUUUAAAAAUGAGUUGAAAUCAUGUAAACUUUACAUUAAGUCAUGGUUCUAAAUCUAUUUCAUUAUGGAGAAAAUAAACAGUUUUACUUCUGGAACCCGAGCGCUGCACUCCAUACAGUGAAAAUGAAUGGUAUGAAAGUAUAUUUAAAGCACUUUUAACUCAGGUAUGAAAGAGUAAUCGAUUCCUAAAUGCUGUAUUGUUUUGCGUCGGACUGUAAUUGUGCUAUUAAUGUGGUGAAUCACUGCUUCUGAAUGAAUCUGAGGGUCCAAACAUUUCAAAUGACUCUAGUAGUACUGUAAACCUGAUCUACUAUUGAUUAGUAGAUAUAAACUCUACUUCCAGGCAGUAUUUGUCAAUAAAUAUUUUAUAAGAAUCU